GACAUCCCGCUCCUCCUCAGUGGAAAAGUCCCUUUUGCCCCGCUGACGUUCGCACAUCUCAAUCCAUAGCUGCCCCGUCCCGUCAAAAAGGAUUCCCCGUUUCCACAGAAUCGACGGACGACACUCAAUCUCCGACCACGUGUCACACAUCUACGCCCGCUCUUCCGUGCACCAACCCGUGAAGUUAUCAAACCCCCCCCGCUUAAUAGAAAACGGAGAAAAAACAAUUUCUGUCGGGGAAUUUGAAUUUUGUUCUCCUCUGCCAAAAGAGACGUUGUGCGGCCCUUUUUUUGAACUGAGGAGAAAAAACAAGAAAAUAUGGCUUAUUUUCAUUUAAUUUCCUCCGAUUAUUUCUUAUUUUUCUGAGUGUCGCAAUAGUAAUCGCAAUAAUAAAGGAAGAACAGAAGACGGGGGUGGGAGGGAGAGUAGUAGAGUGAGUAUUCAUGGCGUUUUUCUUUUUCUCUCUGGGUGUCCAUUAAAUGCAGUUGAAUUGAACUAUUGCAGCAGUUGGGAAAAGAAAGAACGACAAGACCUUUCUUCUUCUCGCUUCUCACUUCUUCAAUCCCUGUCUCUGUACUCUGAUCUCUCAUUAAACCCUCCUGCACCGUACUCUUUAAUUGCGUCUGUUCCGGAGCCAAGUGAGGAAGCCCAGAGCUUUUUCUCCCCUUGUUAUCCACAUUGAUUGAACUCUGCAUAUGACGGAAAGAAACAGAGUUCCUUUUUUCAGCUCAAGGAGAGGCAGAUCAGUGAGACCUUUUUUUUCAGUGGUCAAUUUCCAGCUGAUUCCUCGCAUUGCUAUUGUUUUCCAGGUGAGUGUGUCGUGCCAGCUGAGAAAAGGGGUUUGCCUUCUGGGAUUUCCCUUUUCUCCUUCAUCUAAUGUUUCUGUUGAAUUGCUGCAAUGUGGGUCUUUUCUUUUUGUUGCUAUUCGUGAUUCGUUGAUCUUGGUUCAUGGGAGGGAAAUGUAGUUUCGGCUUGAUUCGUUUCUGGGUUCUGCUCUGCUCAUAAAAAAAGCGACAGUCUUUCCAGUUGAUUUCACAUAUAUUGAGUCAUUUUUUUAGCUUGCGUAGUGCUUGAUGGAAUGCACAGGUUAGCUAAGCUAGCAAUUGAGCUCAUUCCCCAUCUUAGGUGUCUAGAAAGUUCAGCUGUUUUCCCAGUUUUCACAUUCUGCUGUAGUUUGUAGAGAAUUGAUAAUGAAGUUUGGCUAUCUGAUGGAUUAGGAGAUUCCAACAGCUAGGGUUUUACUGAUACAACAGUCUCCUGUUACAGAUGGGUGUUGUGAGUCAUCGUUUUGUUUGACAAGGGCUUGAUAGUCGGUCUAGAGAGAUGAGGAUGGAUAGGGAAGAUGGAAAGAAUGGAGGAGGCUACGUUGGUGGUUUCUUUCAGCUGUUUGACUGGUCUGGAAAAUCAAGGAAGAAGUUGUUCUCGAGCAAAUCGGACUUACCAGAACGGUCGAAGCAAGGGAAGCGAAGUGACGGAAACUUGCCAAUGACACGGCUCCGUCUGAUGGAUGACGACGAGAAUGGAGGAGGACCAUGCAGCAUAAGAAGUGGUGGCGACUACAGUUGUGCUUCUUCAGUCACAGAUGAAGAUGGAUAUGGAGGAGCUAGGCCAGCUGGAGCUAUAGCAAGGCUCAUGGGGCUCGAUUCCAUGCCAACAACAUCCAGUUUCCUGGAGCACAAGGGCACCACUGCAUUUUCCGAUACUCAGUCACUACGUGAAUCGUCUUCUCACAGUAGCAGAAAUCAAUCCGCUUACUACCAUCAUGACUACCACAGCAUGUACUCAGGCGAGCUGCUCCAUAGGCCUCAAAAGGCGGUAAGCAGGCCUAUGGAGAAGUUCCAGACCGAAGUCUUGCCUCCCAAGUCUGCUAAAUCCAUCCCUAUUACUCAUCAUAAACUUCUCUCACCUAUAAAGAGUGCCCAUUUCGUACCGAGCCAUUCUGCUGCUCACAUAAUGGAAGCCGCUGCUAAGAUCAUCGAGUCUAGUCCGCAAGCUCCUCCUCCCAAGUCAAAGCUCUCUUCUUCUUCUUCAUCGGCACCCUUGAAAGUUCGCAACUUGAAGUCGAGACUUGAAGCCCGUGAUCAUGCCAAGGAGAAAACUGCUUCUAGGAAGCCUGCUGAGUCGAACGCUGCUAAGUGCUUGAAAGGCCAACCUAUGAACAAGAGCUGGAAUGGAUCAACAGUUGAUGCAGCAAGUACUUUUAGGGUUUCCCAUGAGCUGGAGGAAGGAUCUUCUUCGUCUUAUGGUCAAAAAAGCAAGGGGAAAUCCGUGUCACUUGCUGUCCAAGCAAAGGUUAAUGUACAACAGAGAAGAGAAGGCUUGACCUCGAGAGGUAAUCGGGGUAUAGUAGUAGAACAGCAACAGCAACAGCAACAGCAACAGCAACAGCAACAACAACAGCAGCAGCAGCAGCAGCAGAAAGAGCGACCAAGUGGUGAUAUGGCAACAAGCCAGCAGCCAUUCAGGAGUCAACAAACAAAUUUCCAGAAGACAUCAUCUAAGAGGUCUUCUUCUCCACCAUCUCCAGUACUAAGACAGAAUAAUCAGAAACAGAAUUGCUCAAUGGAGAAAGUUAAAUCGUCCUCAAAACCCUCCAUUUCAAGUGUCCAGAGUCGAAAAAUAAACUCAGGGAAUCCUUACGAGCGACCCAAAGCUUCAGGAAAAUCUUCGACCGGUUAUAAAUAUGGGUCCAGGAAAUCAGGCACAGAUGAAGGUCAUUCAUCAAACUACUCUAUAAAGAAAACUCCUCCAAGGAAGAAACGGGCAAUAGACAACAUGUCGAUUGACAGAAGCCCAAAGGAUGAAGCGAAGAACUUUACUUGGGCGGCAGAAGAGAGCAAGAGGAAAGGAAGUGAUGUCGUUUCGUUCACAUUUACAACUCCUCUUGCAAGAUCUUCAUCAAUGCCUGAAACGCCAAAUCCUAGUAAGCGUUUGUUGAUCGACUCGGAAACCAGGAAGUUGUCUUCAGGGGGAGAUGCUUUGACUUCGCUAUUGGAGCAGAAGUUGAGGGAACUAACUGAUGCUGUCGAGUCUUCUAGCCGCAAUACCAUUGGUAAAGUUGGAUCAUCUGAAGUUAAGGAAUAUCAGAAGCAGCAGCUACUACCAUGUCGAGAGAAAGUGUUUGGAGGCUAUGGGGCUAGCUCGUUUUCACCUGAUCCAGUGGCAUAUAGAUUCAAACCCAUAUUUAAGGGGGGAGUUGAUGCAAUGGAGGAAUGCAGCAGCACUAGCAGCAAAUAUUAUGAUCAUGAAAAGCUGCUUGAUUGCAGGCGGCCAAGCCCGAUCUCAGUUCUUGAUCACUCCUUCUCAACUGAAAGCAGCUGCACAUUGGAGAGCAUGGACAGUAGCAGUACAGAAGGCAAGCAGUGCUCGUCCUCUAUUCAAGCACAGCAAGUCCUUAGCUUCACUUUCCCUAAGAAACAUCACCAGCCAUAUGCCGAUGCAGAGCUUCUUGAUUCAGCUUCAUCUACAAGCUCCCAUGCAAACACAUUACCAGACUUCAAAAAACCAAGUAACUGGGAGGGUGAAUACGUGAAGAAGAUGCUUGUCUAUCUGGAUUUGAUGUUCCAUGACUUUGCAAUCGGUAGGUCCAGUGAGGUCGUGAACCCACACCUCUUCAGUCAGAUGGAGAAAAAUCAAAAUGAUUCGUCGAAGCUUGAAAAGAAGGAACUGUUUGACUGUGUGAGUGAAUGCCUGGACUGGAGAUGCAGGAGAUACAUCAAUGGAGGGUAUAAAGCGUGGGAAAAGGGAGUGACAGUCAUUGGAAGAAAAGACUGGUUGGCCGAAGAAGUGCAGAAGGAGAUCGUGUCCUGGAGAAAGAUGGGAGACUGCAUGGUGGAUGAGCUUGUGGACAAGGACAUGGGAAGCCAAUAUGGCAAUUGGCUUGACUAUGAAGAAGAUGCAUUCUGUGUUGUUGGAAAAGAGAUUGACGGGCUCAUACUCGAUUCGUUGGUUGAUGAAUUGGUUGCCGAUAUCCAGAAGCACCCUUGAUCCAGCCGGCCUAAGUUUGAAGAGGACGGUUAUUAUGUCAAUGAAUGUGUCAAAAUCUCCGCUCCAUUUGUUCUUCUGCAGUUCUAAGGAAGUAUUGGUUCUUAAACCAUGUCUUGAUUGCUUUUUGGCUUUCUAUAUAUAGAUAAAGGGUUGGUAUUCAUGAAAGAAAAUAUAGGCAAAGGGGUAUGUCAGAAUUGCAGCCAAAUUUAUUUCUCCUUCAGACCUGGAAAGUACCUCUUUUUCAGAGAUUCGUUGAACACCCAACAGAAUUGAAAAUUGCAUCUUGAUUGCUUCUUGUCUCUUGACCUUUUACACAUACAAAGGCUUUGCCAAAAUUGUGACCAGCAGACUGCCAUGACAAACAGAGACAAUCUGCAGCCAUUUUGAUUUGAGACCUGUUAAGUACUUUUUUCAGAGAGAUGCAUUAAACAGCAAACAGUCUCUUAAACAUCAUACCUCCAUAAAAGGGUUAUUGAAACUUGUAAUCAAAGCAUUGAAAGACA